AUCAAUUCUAAGAUAAUGUCACCCGUACAUAACCCUGAUUUAUACAACGCGCCACCAGCUAGUAUAAGGGAACACGUGCUCGCCCGCCACCACACCACCGUAGUGAAGCCAGGCAUGGUGGUCACCAGAAAACGUAGCUGCAGUGCCAGUGAAACCUCUACUCUGCAUAAACUAAAGGCAAGGAAGGAAGAUGAAGGUGGAGGAAGCGAUGGCACCACAGUUACCACCAGGAGCAGUGCAAGGGGCGUGGUGGGGAGUGGAACUGGAACCUCCACCAUCUGCACCACCCCGAGAAGGACCAGAAGGUAUACUGAUUCUAUAGCCGAGGCUGCCACUUCCACCCCUAGGACACUCAGAACCAGACAGGGAAGGAGUGCCGAGGGAAGUGUGUCCGAUAAGAGUGAGAGUAGUAACGAUGAAGUAGCGGAAAAGAUUGAUUCUCCAUCUCAACCAGGUAGAACAAGGAAUGGCAGGAAUAAAGUGGAAGGAUUGUCAACAAAACAAAAGCGUAGGAGUGGCGGUGAUAAAACAGUAUGUGUGGAUUCUCCAUUACCUUCCCUAACAAGCAAAUUAGUAGUGAGGUUAAAGGAUAUCACCCCAAGCAUCUCACAGUCCCCUAGAUCGAGGAGAUUGUCACGAGGGGAUAAGAACAGCAAUGACACCCCGUCAGGCACCCCAUCCACCCCAGUAAGGCGUUCCCGAAGGCUCAGCGGCAGCCGGGUGGAGGACGUGUCAGAUAAGGAAACUCCCUCUAAGAAAUCUUUUACCAUUGCAAGGAUACUUGGAAUGGAAGAGGAGGCUAAAGAAGAGACAAGCAAAGCAAGUGUUCUUCCAGUCAUUGAGGAAGACACUGAACAUCUUGAGAGUAAUCACAGCCCAAAGAAGGACACAAGGGAGGCACAGGUGUCAGAGGAAAAUCAAAUGGAGGAGGAAGAGAAGCUUGAACUUAAGUUAGAAUCGGACAACAAUGAUUUGAUGUCUGAUAACGAUUCGUUGCCUUCAGAUACUGCAGCCACAAAACAGGAGGCAGAAAUUGAAGUGCAGGCCAUAGUCAGUCAACCUGUAGUGGCAGAUGAAUGUGAUGGCAAAAAAUUGGACAACCAUAACUUGAUAUCUAAUAACGAUUCAUUGCCUUCAGACACUGCAGCCACCAAACAGAAAGUAGAAAUUGAAGUGCAGACCAUAGGUGAUCAACCUGUAGUGGCAGAUGAAUGUGUUAAUAAAGACGUUCUUGUUGAAAAUGUAAGUGAUUAUGUUAGUAAAGAAGUUCCAGUUGAAAAAGAGGCACAAGAGAAGACAAGCAGUGAGGCAAUGGAAACAACAGAUAUUGCAAGUACUACAGAUGUCGCUGAUAUUAAAACAAGCAACAACACAGCAAUGAAGUCAGAAGGAGAACAAGAUGCUGUAAAUGAAUGUAAUAGCAAAGAGGCACAUGAGAAGACAAGCAGUGAGGCAAUGGAAAUAACAGAUAUUGUAACUACAGAUGUCAUUGAUAUUGAAACAAGCAACAACACAACAAUGAAGUCAGAAGGAGAACAAGAUGCGGCAAGUGAAUAUAAUAGCAAAGAAGUUCCAGUUAAAAAGGAGGCACAUGAGAAGACAGGCAGUGAGGCAAUGGAAACAACAGAUAUUGCAAGUACCACAGAUGUCAUUGAUAUUGAAACAAGCAACAACACGGCAAUGAAGUCGGAAGGAGAACAAGAUGCUAUACUUAGCUCAGAAGAUCCAAAUUGUAAAAGCACAAAAGUGAAGCAGUCUAACGACAGUCAGGAAAGCAAGACAGAGAGUACCAGCCUUCCUAAUGUUAUUCAGGAAAGGACAGAAGAUUCCUUACCAUGCAGUGGCAUACACACAACUUCAAACAUUUCAGAUGAAAAUGGUAAUAGUGCAGUUAGUGCAAAGAUGAAUGGUGUGAGUGGGUUGCCUUCUGACAUGGCAGGUGGCAAGAAAGUUACCAAGGUUAUUCCAGAACUGGAAAAGAAGAUCAACCAGCUUAGAAGUGUUCCCAAAGGCCGUCCAAUCUCUGGCCGGUGGUGGAAGGCGGAGAAGCAAAGAUUCCGGUCCAUCAACAAGGAUGCCACUGGAAAGAAGUCAUGGUCCAAGAAGAUGCAGCUCAAGCAGUGGCGGGGGGAUGUACUAGCCAAGAGUGCUUUGAUUGAAGCUGAGAAACAGAAGAAGAAAGAAGACAUAAAGGAACGCCAGAAGAUCAACAAGAUACGACGAGAGGAAAAUGCCAAAAAAUCAGAAGUCGUGCAAGUGAUAAAAGAUCCUAGAAAGAUCAAGAAGAUGAAGAGGAAACAACUUCGGUACCUUGAGACGCGGGACACAACAAACCUGAAGCAGGCGUAGCCAGUCAUCUUGGUUGCACCACUCUGUCCAAGAAAAAGGGAUGAGUGAGAGAUGGCAGAAGUAAGCGGAGGAGUGGCAGGAGUUUUUGUUUUGUGCCUUUUCAGUAACUAAAUAACCUCCUCCUUCAUUACUAAAUUUAUCUUUCGAUUCCUGGAAUUUCUGGUUAGAGCAAUGAUUUCUGGCUAUUGAAAAUCACAAUGCAAUGGUGAGACAAAGGGGACAGGGAGGCAGCAGCAGGUGUGUUGGGUGAUGGAAAGGCACCAGCUGGAGCUUAGUGACAAACUACUAUGAGAUGUCAGAGUCCAGGACUUUGCUGGCUCCAAUGUGAUGAGUCAGACAUGUAUGCAUAUUGGAUGCAAUUAAGUGCAUAUUGAGGGUGAACAUCAUUUUUGCCCUAUAAUUAUACCACCAAAUUUGCAUAUUAGAAACAAUAACCAAAGUUUGGGAAUGAAGCCACAUUAUGAGAAACUCACUGCAAACAUACAUGUUGGGGAUAACUAUUGUAUAUGAAGCAAGAUGAGUGUUUAGAAAAGAAAGGCCCUGAAAAUUUCAAAAAGGCAUUUACAUUUACAUACAUGCAUGCAUUUCCUAAUAUCUUCACCUUAGGGUCUUCUACAAGAGAAGAUGGUUAAUCCUUAAUGCAUCAAAAUGAAUGCAAGAUACUUUCCGUAAUGAAGAACUGCAAUAGAAAUAGAAAAUGCUGUACAUCCUUACCUAUUAAUAAGUAAUCAAUGAAUAAUAAUAGAUGUACAAACAUACUUUCAAUCAAUACAAAUGGAAAAUGCUUAUGAUCAACUAGUCAGCAUGAAGCCACAAGUCCUGGUGUGACAGUUGUCCUGUUAAAUUAUUAUGACAUCAAGAUCCACCAAGUGAGACCCCAGCUUUUUAAGUGCUAUGCAAGAGGAUCAGCUGAACAUGAGUGUAAUCCAUCCUUUUGCUUCAAGUCUGAUGUCCUCAGCAUUGCGUACUCAUAGCAAGAUGAUUGGUUGCUCAGCCCAACGUAGUGCUGAGCUGGAGUCAGUAAAAAUGGAGAUCAUCUACUGAAAGCUUACAUCUCACUGAUAAAGCUUAUGUAAAAUGAAUGGCUUGAAAAAUGUGUGACCAAGUUACAAAAGUAUUGACUGGUAAGCAUUAAGAAGAAAGUAACUAAAAACAACCAGUAGGUACAAAUCUUGAUUGCCUUCAUUUUCUUAGGAUGUGAUUUUGUAAAGAUUGUUCUAAUGUAUGUUACUGUUUACCAACAAUUCUUAAGCAAACUUCAGAGGACCAAUUUUAAGGUAAAGGUAAAAAAAUAGCUACAACUUGUGUUAUAAGCAUAUCUUACUAUAUUUGAUUCAUAGGAGAAAUAAAUACAUUUAUAACUGA